GCGGCGGCGGCGGCGGCGGCGGCGACGGCGACGGCGACAUGGAGAGCGGGGCGUACGGCGCGGCCAAGGCGGGCGGCUCCUUCGACCUGCGACGCUUCCUGACGCAGCCGCAGGUGGUGGUGCGCGCCGUCUGCUUGGUCUUCGCCUUGAUUGUCUUCUCGUGUAUCUUCGGCGAGGGCUACAGCAACACCCACAGUUCCCACCAGCAGUACUGCGUGUUCAACCGCAACGAGGACGCCUGCCGCUACGGCGCCGCCAUCGGGGUGUUGGCCUUCCUGGCCUCGGCCUUCUUCUUCGUGGUUGACGCCUAUUUCCCCCAGAUCAGCAAUGCCACUGACCGCAAGUACCUGGUCAUUGGUGACCUGCUCUUCUCAGCUCUCUGGACCUUCCUGUGGUUCGUUGGGUUCUGCUUCCUCACCAACCAGUGGGCGGCCACCAAGGUGGACGACGUGCGUAUAGGAGCCGACUCAGCCCGGGCGGCCAUCACCUUCAGCUUCUUCUCCAUCUUCUCCUGGGGUGUGCUGGCCUCCCUGGCCUACCAGCGCUACAAGGCUGGCGUGGAUGACUUCAUCCAGAACUACGUGGACCCCACUCCAGACCCGAACACGGCCUACGCCUCCUACCCAGGUGUGCCCGCGGACACCUACCAGCAGCCGCCCUUCACCCAGAACGCUGAGAGCACCGAGGGCUACCAGCCGCCCCCUGUGUACUGAGCUGCCGCGGGGAUGGUGUGCGGAGGGAGGAGGGCGCCUGGGGGCCUCCCCUCCUCCCCGGCUCCUCCCCCAAGGCUCGGCUCCUAGAGCCGCUGGCCCCUCUCAACGCACCUGGCUCCUGUCUGAACUGACACAGGGCCUGGAGAGAGCGCCCUGAAGUGCCUGUGCCCCAAGGGCUUCACCCACCACUCCUCGAGGGCAUUUUUUUAGGAAAGCGUUUUUUAGCUAGACACGUUUUGUUGCUUUUAAUGACCGGCAUCCCCACCUGGAAUAGCUCCAGGCACCCGAUGUGCUGUUUUGACAAGUGCCUUAGCUUCUCCCCAGCCCAGGAGCCGGGCCCACAUCCAGGCGCCGGUGGCCGCAGCCAUCUGGGGUUCUCUGCCAAAGACGAGGCUGCGGGGCCUUCUCCUCGCUCCUGCCGCGGGCGCUGGGCCAGGGCUUCUUCCCUCCUCACUCAGGUUUGUUCCGCCCCAGCCCCCUGCCCGCUCUGCGGGCGGCCGGCCGGCCGUGCUCACUGCUGAAGUGUCUGCUCGCUUGGACCUGUGGUCACUCUGUGCCAGUGCCUCUGGGUCAUCUUCCUGGCAGCCGAGGGGGACUCAGGCAGCUGUCUCAGGUCCCGCCCUGUGGCCGCAGGGAGGGGCUUUGCCUGACAACACCCAGCUUUAUGUAAAUAUCCCAGCUCUGUCAGGAGGUGUGGGAUGCACCCACAGCCCCCAGGCUGCUCUGAAUGUAUAUUACAAAGCCUUGGGGGAAGGACGCACAGCACCCUUGGAUUCUGUUAGACUAAUUCUGGAGAUGGAAUAAAUGGUUUUCUCAUUCAUAA